CGGCCUUCUCAAGUUCUCUCUCUCUCACAGUCACUCACUCUCCCCAGUCCCCCUCUCACACUGUACAAACUCCACGGCAGAAGAGAACGAGAGAAUCGAAUUCUCUUCCUACAAAGACAUCCCAAUUGUUGUCGGACCGAGUAAAAGAAUCUUCUUCUUCCUCCUCCUAUCAUUCUCCUCCUCCUCCUUCAAUCCCCACCUUCAAAGGUCAGCUUGCUUUCUUUCUUUCUUUCUUCCUUCUUCCAGUGAAGGGAAAAAAAAGACCGCCUUUUUCUGUUUUCCUUUCAUUUAUUUUGCACACAGUUUCUGGGUUGAUUACUUUUGGAAGCAAACCGAUUUCAGUCUCAGAUUGUUGGGCUGCUCUUUCUUUCUGUAUUUGUCUAAGUUCCUUAUACAGAAAUUGUUUGGUGAGGUAGAACAGAAACUGCUCCUCUUCUGUUGCUCUUUUGAGUCGACAAAGGUCAGUCGUUCCUCCCAGAGACAUGGUCUCGAGGUCUUACUCCAACCUCUUGGAUCUUGCUUCGGGCGAGUCCCCGACCUUUGGCCGAGAGAAGAGGAGGUUCUCUCGGGUUGCCACUGUCACCGGUGUACUGUCUGAGCUCGAUGAUGACAACACCAAUAGCGUGGGGUCCGAUGCCCCUUCCUCGAUUUCCCAAGAAAGAAUGAUAAUCGUAGGGAACCAACUUCCUCUCCGGUCCCACAGGAGAGACAAUGGAGAAUGGUACUUCAGCUGGGACGAGGACUCGCUCCUCUUUCAGCUCAAAGACGGGGUUGGAGAGGAUGUGGAAAUUAUCUACGUGGGCUGUAUUAAGGAAGAAAUUGAUCCCGAGGAACAGGAUGAUGUUGCCCAAACAUUAUUGGACACAUUCAAAUGUGUUCCUGCCUUUAUUCCUCCCGAGCUAUUUAGCAAGUACUAUCAUGGGUUCUGCAAGCAGCAUCUAUGGCCUCUAUUCCAUUACAUGCUUCCCCUGUCUCCUGAUCUCGGGGGUCGCUUUGAUCGGUCCCUUUGGCAGGCCUAUGUUUCGGUCAACAAGAUCUUCGCAGAUAAGGUAAUGGAGGUGAUCAGCCCCGAGGAUGAUUUCGUGUGGGUCCACGAUUACCAUUUGAUGGUCCUGCCCACUUUCUUGAGGAAGAGGUUCAAUCGGGUGAAGCUCGGGUUCUUCCUCCACAGCCCAUUCCCUUCCUCGGAGAUCUAUCGGACCCUUCCCGUAAGAGAUGAGAUUCUUAGGGCACUUUUAAACUCCGAUCUUAUUGGGUUCCACACCUUUGACUAUGCCCGACAUUUCUUGUCCUGUUGCAGUAGAAUGCUGGGGCUUUCUUAUCAGUCUAAGAGAGGCUAUAUAGGGCUAGAAUACUAUGGCAGAACAGUGAGUAUCAAAAUUCUACCUGUCGGGAUUCACAUAAAUCAGCUCCAGUCCGUUCUAAAUCUUCCUGAGACAGUUUCUCGGGUUUCGGAGCUACGGGAUCAGUUCAAGAGUCAAACUGUUUUGCUUGGGGUUGAUGAUAUGGACAUCUUUAAAGGGAUUAGCUUGAAGCUCCUGGCUAUGGAGCAGUUGCUCUUACAGCAUCCAGCAACACAUGGCAAAGUCGUAUUGGUUCAAAUUGCAAACCCAGCUAGGGGCCGAGGGAGGGAUGUUCAAGAGGUCCAGUCUGAAACUUAUGCCACAGUUAGGAGGAUCAACGAAACUUUUGGAAAUGAAGGAUAUGAACCAGUGGUCCUAAUCGAUUCUCCACUUCAGUUCUAUGAACGAAUUGCAUAUUAUGCGAUUGCUGAGUGUUGUCUCGUCACAGCAGUGAGGGAUGGGAUGAAUCUCAUUCCGUAUGAAUACAUAAUAUGUAGGCAAGGGAAUAAGAAAUUGGAUGAGAUAUUGGGCCUGCUUCCAUCAGACCCAAAGAGGAGCAUGUUGGUGGUCUCCGAGUUCAUUGGAUGCUCCCCUUCAUUGAGUGGGGCCAUUCGGGUCAACCCAUGGAACAUUGAUGCCGUGGCUGAGGCAAUGGACUCUGCUCUCAUGAUCUCAAAGGCAGAAAAGCAACUUCGUCACGAGAAGCAUUACAGGUAUGUAAGCACCCAUGAUGUGGCCUACUGGGCCAGGAGCUUCUUGCAAGAUCUCGAACGGGCUUGUAGGGACCAUGUCAGGAGGAGGUGCUGGGGAAUUGGGUUCGGGCUAGGGUUUCGUGUCAUUGCGUUGGAUCCCAAUUUCAAAAAGCUCUCAAUCGAGCAUAUUGUCUCGUCUUACAAAAGGACGAAGAGCAGAGCGAUUCUCUUGGAUUAUGACGGGACCAUGAUUUUACCCAAUUCCAUUAGUAACACGCCAAGUUCAGAGACAGUUGCUAUAUUGAAAAGCUUGUGCCGGGACACGAAGAAUGUUGUCUUCCUUGUUAGUGGCAAAGAUAGAGAGACUCUCAUGCGAUGGUUUUCAUCUUGUGAUAAGCUUGGGAUUGCAGCAGAGCACGGGUAUUUCGUCAGGCCGAGCCAAGAUGCAGAGUGGGAAACUUGCAUAUCUGUGCCAGACUUCGAUUGGAAACAGACGGCAGAGCCUGUGAUGAGACUAUACAUGGAAACUACUGACGGGUCCACUAUAGAGACCAAAGAGAGUGCUAUAGUUUGGAACUACCAGUAUGCAGACCCCGACUUUGGGUCUUGCCAGGCGAAGGAGCUUCUAGACCACCUUGAGAGUGUGCUUGCAAAUGAGCCAGUUUCCGUUAAGAGCGGGCAGCACAUAGUUGAAGUCAAGCCUCAGGGUGUCAACAAGGGUAUCGUGGCUGAACGGAUCUUAGACACAAUGAGGGAGAGGGGAACUCUUCCUGACUUUGUCCUAUGCAUUGGAGAUGACCGGUCCGAUGAGGAGAUGUUCGAGGUGAUAAGGAGCGCGCGAGAGGGCCCUUCUCUGUCCCCAGUAGCAGAGGUCUUUGCCUGUACAGUGGGCCAGAAACCAAGCAAGGCCAAGUACUAUCUUGAGGACACGACCGAGAUCCUCAGGAUGUUGCAGGGUCUCGCUAAUGCUUCGGAGCAGGCUGCUAGCAUUGCUAAUAAACAAGCUUCCCCGGCGAGUCCAGUCUCCAGUUAGUGGAACUCGAAGCCCUUAUAUAUGCCUGUUUUCGCAUCUUCUGAUUGAUGGUGGUUCUGUGUAUAUUGGGUGGGUCAAUUGUCUUGCCAUGGUUGGGUUUCCUUUUUUUGGGGGUUCUUUGCAUGUAAGAUGGAUUAGAUUGAGUUCCCGUCACUGAUGUUCAUGAAGGUGUAUUCGAUUUCCUGGAAACGUAUUCUGCCUUAUCUUGUAGUUUAAGCUGAUGCGUUACGUUAGAGAAUAUAAGAUGAUCUAAAGAUUAUUGUAUGGAA